CGGAGCUGCCAGCAGCUGCGGCUGUGUUGUCCGCGGCGGCGGGGAGCGGCGCUGGGCUGCGGGGAGAGGCCCGGGGCGCCGGGCCGAGAGGCGGCUGCGCAGCGCGUUCAGGACUGCCUACCCAACACACGAGCCAGCAUGAACGUGGGGACAGCUCACAGCGAGGUGAACCCCAACACCCGUGUCAUGAACAGCCGGGGCAUCUGGCUCUCCUACGUGCUGGGGAUUGGCCUGCUGCAUGUGGUCCUCCUCAGCAUCCCCUUCUUCAGUGUCCCUGUGGUUUGGACUCUCACCAACAUCAUCCACAACAUGAGCAUGUACAUCUUCCUGCACACCGUGAAAGGAACGCCCUUUGAGACUCCAGACCAGGGGAAGGCCCGGUUGCUCACGCACUGGGAGCAGAUGGACUAUGGGGUGCAGUUCACGGCAUCGCGCAAGUUCCUGACCAUCACGCCCAUCGUGUUGUAUUUCCUCACCAGUUUCUACACGAAAUAUGACCGGAUACACUUCAUAAUCAACACCAUCUCCCUGAUGAGCGUCUUAAUCCCCAAGCUGCCCCAGCUCCAUGGAGUCCGUAUCUUUGGGAUCAACAAGUACUGAGCCCCCUGGAUGCAGUGAGCAGAAGUGGAAGGGGAAAUCCGGUCUUCUUAGUCCUCCCUCCCCCCCAAACCAGGAUAUAAUUUCACAGCGGCUCUUUAAAUGCAGUAUCCAAUAGACAUGUAUACCGCAUGCAGGAUCCUCAAGCCCAAUAAAUCUAAGCAAACUCUGGAGUAGCAGAAUCCUGAGUAGAGUUUAGCUUGGAGGCAGGAGACUGGGGGGGUGGACUUCUUGUGCUCCUGUACCAUGAGUAGAUGCAGAUAGACCGUGAUGUCAAGGUACAAAUAGGUCAGUCUCCGGGAGACUCCAAUACGCUGAAUGGAAACAGCAGGGGUUGGGAGAAAGCUUUAAGAGCUAGUAGUUAUUACUAUGGCAAAUGCACUUUAAAAUACAUUGGCCCUUUUUGAGGUUAGAUGCACUCACAAAGGGCUACGUGGGGAAAUUAAAGGGGGGCAUGGCCAGAUUUCCCAGGUGUGAAAAAAUAGUUGGCCACUUUAAUUUUGGGAGGUGGAUUUUAUUCUUAAACCUCUCUCCUCCCGCUGGGGAGGGAAUAAUUUUUUCUAAUGAGAAAACAGGAAGGAGCGACCUGGCAUUUCUAGCAGAGCUUUCCCGUUUUCCACGGUACAGUUUGUAUGAUUGGGGGGGGGGGGAUUGGAUUCCAAGUUGUUUCUGUUAGUUUAAACUAUAACCAAAGUCUGUCUUUGUUUAAAGCGGAAGUGGUUAUAUUUUCAAGAGUGUGUGAUGGGGCGAGGGGGAAUGUUCUCCCCCAUCACAUGCAGCCCCGCAGUGUUACCCUUAAUCCUACUGCCACCUAGGGCUAAGAGGUGUGAUUAAAAAUGUUAACUCUGCCCAUCAGAGUGAUCUGAGUCGCCUGACGUGGAGCUCGGGGAAGGGGGAAAGGCUGAUGACUGACAGGCUUGCUCUAGGUGAAGGAUGGAUUGUCGUCAGGCACGGUAAUGGGGGGCUGGUACAGGCAGAGAGGUGACUGUGAUCGGUUUAAAUGGGUCUUGGUCUUCCGCCCCCUUUGCCCAGGUCUCCAGUGUCUAGAUCUAGAUCACUGGCAUUUGCCAAAUACCAGUGGCGGGCACAUCUCCGCAUGUGACAGCCCAUGCAGAAAACCGCUCUCGGACUUCUGGCUGGGCUGAUGACCUGUCAGCAGCAGACUAUGAGCCACAAGCCAGGUUAAAGGAGCUGUAGAACAGGAAUAUUGUAAUGGGGCCAUGUUGCUAAGUGAAGGCAGGAGCAGACGGCAAAUGUGGCAGGCCAGCAAGAGGGCAAUGGAUCUGACCAGUCGUUGAAGCAUUUAACUGAUCGGUGGCAUAGAAAAUCUGAGAUGUGCGGUCUGUCGCAUCCCCCGACCAUGGCUGCAGAGGGCUACCCACCUGUCCGGGUUUGGACAGUGAAGGUGUUGGGCACAGCAGGAAGACGACCAACUCUUGCUUCGCUGCCGCCUUCAUUGUCCAGAUUUGUUGUACUUGUUUAAAUCCAAAGCCCUGCCGUUCUGCCCCUGAACUGGUGGCUAGAUCCAGAGGUGGGGUACGGCACCUGUCCAUUAGUGGGUGGAACUUGCAGCCCAAGAGUGAGGGGCAAUGCAGCUUUGCAGGGGGAAGUUAAACUGCAAGGGGAGCUGACUAACCAACCUUCUGUUUCUAACUGGUUUGAUUUUGUUUAUGCAUCAGGAGCUUAUUUCAGGCUGCUCAGUGGAGCGAUCCCGGUUUCUGCUCCCUGCAUUGGUGUGCGGGAGGGAACCCUACCUAGUAAAGCAUGUGUGUGUUUCUACUAAGUGGCUGUUAACAGACAAGCUAGUUAUCCACAGAGUCAGGAGCUGGUUUGGAGGACAAGGUGGGAUUUUUAAUUUAAGUAUAGUCUGCAGUAGAAAUGCAAUAAUCCCAGUGUGGAAAGAGAUUGUUGAAUAAAGUUUUGAUAAUCACUGAUUGGGGUAAAUGAGAGGCUUGUAAUUAGUAGAUGGGGGGUGGAGGGCAUUUCCAAUGUAACAGGGAGGUUUGGAUAACCAAGGAUGAAGCAUAGUUGCAACACUGAAUCUCGCCCUCCUUCCUCCCCCCCCCC